UUGUAACCAUAGUAACAACGCAAAAGGUCUGUUGAAGUAUAAUAGCGUGUGGAGAGCCUAUAAAGCAAGUUUAUUUUUCACAACAAAGAUCAUCCAGUUCAAUAUGGAUUCAGUACUUCUACACGGAGAGGCUGAAAUGUAUAUUCAAAGUCUGGAGAGGAUGUCACUACGUGAAAUCGGAAGUCCAAAGUGGUUUCGCCAGCACGAGUUCAUUGAGAAACUUAAUAUGCAAGCUAUUCUAAAUGCUAAGGCCUGUCAAGAGGAAUUUAUCAAGGACCUUUUGGUUUCACAUGGAAAGGUACCCACACUGAUACAUGCACUGAUACUUACAGAAGUCUGGAAACAUAAAUUGUUUCCCAUAAUUUGCAAACUAAAAGACUUCAAUCCAAAGAGCACAUUUCAAAUCUACAUGGUGAUUCACCAUGAAGCUACCAUUAUAAAUCUCUUGGAGACAAUUAUGUACCACAAGGAGUCCAGUGAGUCGGCUGAUGAUGCAGUGGUUGACUUGGUGGAUUACUGUCAUCGUAAACUCACGCUGCUGGCAGGACGCUCUGUCUGUGGAGAGAUCCCAGCUAAGGACCGAAUUACACAUGUACCGCUGUCAGAUGCCGCAUCAAUACAGGAUUUGCAAAGACAAAGUGAUAUGUUAGAGUUUGAGAUCUCUGUCAAGGCUCUGUCAGUGCUGUGCUACAUCACUGAUCACAUCGAGAGCUUGAGUUUAAGUGUACUUACAAGGAUGCUGAGCACUCAUAAUUUGCCAUGUGUGCUGGUUCAGUUGGUUGAAAACUGUCCCUGGAACAGAGGUAAAAAAGAGAAAUACACAGAGGGUAAGUGGAGUCCUGUCCUGCCUGAGGACCACUUAAAGUUGAGCAAACACGAUGGCCAGGUGUGGAUUGCUUUGCUUAACCUAAUACUCAAACCAGACUGCCAGAAGAAAUAUGAUUUUAAUACCUUUAACAAAAAUCAACUCUUGAAGCUUCGUGGACAUUUGACAGAUGCUGUGAUAGAUCAGUUACCAAACCUAGUUGAUCUGAAGAACUUUCUCAGUCAGCUUGCUCUCACAGAUCCAGCACCUCCUAAAAAAGAUCUAAUCUUGGAGCAGUUGCCAGAGAUAUGGAAUAAUAUUGUAAUGGAGAACUCCAACAAGUGGAAAGCCAUUGCUAAACACCAAGUGACACACGUUUUCAACCCCUCUGAAAAUGACUUACGAGAACAAGCUAGCAGGUUGGCUGAAACAUAUAAUCUGGAUGUGAUGGAGAAUCUAAUCCCAGACAAACCCAAGUGCGGAGCUUGUGGAAGACAGGGUGCAAAACGUUGCUCUCGAUGUCAGGGAGAGUGGUAUUGCAAUAGAGAAUGCCAGGUGAAACACUGGCCCAAGCACAAGCCUGUGUGCCAACUUAUGACAGACGCUAUGCAAAAACUGCAGAAGGACUUGGUAAUCAAAAGCUGAGGUACAGCAUUGCAACAUGCAAGGAGUUGGUUGGAAAAAGAGCAACACAUAAGAGGAAUGCUGUGUAACAAGUACAUAUGAACACAAAGACUAUGAACUGAAAUAUUGCUAAUGGUUCUGGUCAUAAUAAAUAAAGGGAUAUAAUACCUAGGAAAAUGCUUAUACAUGUAUGCUUAUAGCCUAUAAGUAUACAUGUUUGAAGAUAAGUUAUAUUUCUAAAUAAUUUGAUUGUGGAAUUUACUGACAGUAAUGUUUUAUUAAAUAUAAAAUAGUUUAAAUUCUU